CACAAACCCUGUGCAAACUUCUGGAGUAUUGUCCUCAGACCGAAGGACACGAUCUUUAAUAUCCCAUGCGGAGCUCACACCCAUGUCAGCAGCAGCAUACGAUGGAAACGCAGAAGUGGUGUGAUUCCUCUUAGACAGUGGUUUCGACGUUUCGACCCUCGCGACAAAGACAGAAACGGCUACACGGCUCUCUCAUGGGCGUCGCGGCAUUGCCAUGCUGAUAUGGUCCAAGUUCUUUUAGAUAGUAGUGUUGAUUCAGACCAAAAGGAUAUCUUUGGUCGAAGUCCCAUGAACUGGGCGGCGGAGUAUGGACAUACGAACGUUGUAAGAGUAUUAGUGGAAUACGGCGCUGAUCCUGAUUGUGUAGAUGAUGAUCAUCGCAUUGUUGAAGGAAGGACAAGACGGGACGGGCUUUGUUUAGUGCCUCUCUUCUUUAUGAACCAUAAAUGGUUGUAUAAGUGCGCCGUACCUCGGAAGCCAAUAGAGUGGGCUGAGCGGAAUGAUUGUGCGGCUAUUGUUCAGCCGCUACAGGGGAAAGAGGGUAUUUGGAGAAUAAUGCAUGGUUGGAGAAUGUGAUGGUAUAUGGUUUUUUCUUUUCAAAGGUGGACCAUCUGUACAUGGUUGAGAGAAGAUUAUGAAUACUUAAAUAAUGUAGGACUCUCGCAACUGUCAUGUCCAUCUAUAAAGCAUUUACCCC